AAGAGGUGAUCGUCCUAACUGCUCGAGUGCAUCCUGGAGAGAGUAAUUCCUCGUGGGUGAUGGAGGGGGUACUCAACUUUCUACUGGGAGACUCGCCUGAGGCACGCUUGUUGCCUGAAGUUCAUAUUCAAAAUUGUGCCAAUGUUAAAUCCUGAGGGAGUCAUACAUGGAAAUCAGCGGUGUGGCUUGACAGAUGAAGACCUUAACCGUCGAUGGCGGGCCCCUGACCCCACCCUCCACCCAACCAUUUACCAUGCUAAGUCGCUGCUAGAAUACCUGACAACAGUAGUAAAGCUGAAGGUCCGUGUGUUCUGCGAUUUCCACGGUCACUCCCGCCAAAAGAACGUCUUCAUGUACGGCUGUUCUCGCCUCCAGUCCUGGUGGCCGGGUGACAGGGAUCUCCCUGAUAGUCCUGACUUUAUGCUUUUGCCACAACUCGCUCAAAACUGUAUGGGGACAUUUUCCCUGCGUGACUGCCACUUCUUAAUAGAGCGAGCGAGGGAGGCCACAGCUCGUGUGGCCGUGUGGAGGCAGUUUGACAUUCCCAUGUCUUACACAAUGGAGGCAUCUACCUGCGGCUGUGAUCAAGGUCCAUAUAAAAACAACCACCUUAGCACAAAACAAUUAUUAGAGUCAGGUGAAGGCUUCUGUCUUGCCCUCUCUUAUCUUGUCUCUGCCCCAGAAGCUGUCAACUCUCAGCUCAAACUCAAUUCAGACAGGAUUGACUGUCGCUUCAGAGUGGUAUCUGAGAGAAACCUUGGAGAUUUUUCUCACGAAGUUGUCUUCUGGAGCGGAGAUUUGGACGACGACCUCGACUCUGAUGAUGACCUUGACCUGGAUCUUUAUGGUCCUAUGUAGUUCUUUCCCUCCACUAGUGUUGGACUUAUCUAAACCACUAGAGAUAGAUCCAAGUAGAUAUUUUGUUGAUGUUUUCAUGUAGAUUUUUUUAUUAAUGUUUACUAUGGUAUUUCUUAUUUUUGGUAACUGAACACAAGGUGGGCUUACCGGCACCACUCCCCAGUACUAGUGAGGGGGACUGUGUUAAGCCCUGAGCAGAAUGCCUGCAUCCUUGACUUGAAAAUGAGAGCGAAUGAGGGUAGAAUUUAUAUUCUUCAUUCCGACUACUCAGCAUCAUUCAGGAAAGAGUUUGUGAUAUCAUUAAAAGAAUUAAUUACUGACUUGUUAAAAAUACUGUACUAUAAUUGCACGAAAUCUUUUGCUCCCAAGGAAGUCAUUUGACAGGUAAUAUAUAUAUUUUGUCAAUUGUUAAUGUUUACAUAGUUUAUAUACUGUAUUUAUGAAAAUAUCCGUUUGUUUUGAUUAAGAAAAAAUGGGAUGCAGCUCUGCAUAAUGGAUUUUUAUUAUUAAAGUACUCAAGUGACAUGUUUUACACUUUCUUGUUGAAUAUGGAGCAAAAUUUUAUAAUUAAAUUAUUUAUCAACAA